AGUUGUGAAUAGUGAACAGUGAAUAUCAUAACACUCUUGAAAAUGAAGAUUUUUGUGCUAUUCUCAGCACUUUUGGCGGUAUCGUAUGCGGAGCAGUGUGUUUACGGCGAGGCUGGCUCGCAGCCUCAGUCCUUGGUGACCUGUAAGUCUGUAACCACUGCUACAAUGGGCAAUAACAUCAAACUAAACGAUAAAUCCGGCCCGUUUGAGUCCGUCACUGAUUUGGAACUUACGAACUUCACCGGCACCUUGGACUCAAACACUCUGUCGAUGUUCCCCAAAUUGAAGAGAUUGUCGAUCCAAGAUUCUAACUUCCCAAAAAUUAGUAGCGUCGUAUUCGAGAAAUGCUGCAAAGACUUGAAGAUCCUGUCGAUCAGGAACAACAUGGCAACAACCAUUGAAGCAGGAACUUUCAAGAACUUGAAAGAGCUGGAGGAACUGCAUCUUAGCAACAAGAUCCCUAAACUCAGCAAGGACCUGCUGGAAGGCUUGGUGGCGUUGAAGAAGUUAACUUUGAGGAAAACCAAGAUCAACGAAGUUGACGAAGACGCCUUUGAAAACAUGAAGACAUUGGAAACUUUGGAAUUGUACGACAACACGUUCCCAGUAAUCAAACCAAAAACAUUCGCACCGUUGACCGAACUCAAAAAACUAUCCAUUUUGGACAACCCCAACUUGAAACUUUUCCCUCUGGAUCUGCUGAAGGAACAGAAGAAAUUGGAACUUUUGGGCCUGCCUGUCGAUAUCCUUAGCAAAAUUGAAGUGGCCACCCUCAAGAAGCAAUUCCCAUCGCUUAAAAAAUUAGAAAUCAAGGUUGACGACAAGAAAAAGUAUGAGAAUAUGUUGCAACAAGUCGAAAAGGAACAAAUGAUUAUUAGCUACCUUGGAGAUUAUGUGUAGACUUAUGUACGUGUUUUAAUGUAAUGUAACUUAAAUAAACCAGCUAUCAUAAA